AUGCGCCGUCGCUCGAGCACUCAGGCUGCGUCCGUCAGCGUCUCGCCAACUGCGAUUCGAAGGGCUGCUAGCAAAACGCCAGAUGAGACUACAGGCUUAUCGUCGACGGCAGCGGUGAGAUCGAGCAUCGCCAGCAGAGCGUGCGACGCUUGUCGUGCUCGGAGAAGAAAAUGCCACUUUGACGGGUCUUCGCCCCAUGCUGAGGGGCCGUCUCCGACGCAGUGUCGUGAUUGCUGCAGACUCGGCAUACCAUGCAGCUUCCUGGUGCCCACGAGGCCGCGGGGACCUAAACGAAGGAGCGAGAGUGAGCUUCCCAAUGAAGCGGAGACUCAUCAUGUAGAGACUGUCGAGCAGCAAUCUCAACAAGUUCCUGAGCCUGCAGUGAGCAUUGAGCCUGUCCUCGUCUUGUCAGGUCAGACUCCUCCAUCAAGACCUUCACAAGCCAGGUCUCCCUAUGGCCCUCCUCAUUCUGCCCUUCAUGGCCCAUCUCCGCGUGCCGCAGCCCCGGCCCAGACGGAAUCGCCCUCGGUAGCCGGCGUUGGGUUCCCAACAGAUGAGUUGUGCUCAAGAGCACUUAUACACAUCUUGAUGGCAGAUUACCUCGACUUGGUCUACCCGCUGGUGCCUGUGGUCCAUCGGCCCAGUUUCCGUCAUGAUCUGGCCACAAAUCGGGACAUAACCGAUCCGGACUUCUUUGCUGUCCUCAUGAGUUUAGCCGCGCUCACUGUCGGGUUGUUGCCGUCGCGCUUCCGCGACUAUAGGGCAGUUGACCCCGAAGCUGCGAUGCGCUUUGAAAAUAGAACUGCAAUGAUCAAUUGUUGCGCGGAGAUAUGUCAGGUCAACCGGAGCCGGAUGUUCGAUGUGGAGUACUUGCAAGUUUCGCGACUUCUUGGGCUGCAUCGCAUUUCCGAGUAUGAGGGUCUCAACUGCAUCGAGACCCAGUUACGGAAGAAGGCCUUCUGGAUGCUCUUCUAUGGCUACGCAGUUCAAGCAGGACGCUGGGAACGGCUGACAUACUUUGGGCCUGGUGAGCUACGCGAGGUCAACUACGACGCUCUCAUGCCCCUCGGCAUCGACGAUGAACAUAUCUUCAGAGACAGGAUCCUAGACCCCGUCUCUCCAAUGGCAUCGCAUGGAACACCAUUCGCACAUGCGCAGGAACCCCGAGCCAUGUUCACACUCACCAGCGGCUUCAUCAUCCAUUCCCGGGUGUUCCACAAGGGUCUCCAAGAAGCCAUAGCCACGUUGGGCUGCGAAUGUGAGCUCCGUCGCACCCCCGCCGCCCGUCUCGCACGCAUGCGCGAUCUUCUCCAAGAGAUGAGAUACAUGCUCGACGACGUUCCGGGCCCCAUGCGGCAAUGGGCUUCCAACGAUAGGGGUACCGAUGCGGCCCCCAGCACGCCGCGGUUUGACGAUGAAAGAGCUACAGCUGCCGCGUCGAGCUAUGGCAGCCCGGCAGACUAUAGCCGUGUCCCGGAGGCCGGAUCCUACUCACAAGUGCUUCAGGGCCAAGCCGAGAUCAUGAGAGCUAACAUCCAUGUCACGCAUCUGUGGUUGCAGAGCUUGCUGCUGGAACAAGUCGACGGUGUCACUCAAGAGAGCGCGAUUGCCAACCCCUCGACAACUGGACGUGAGGAAGUGUCGACCGCCCUGAAAGCGAACUGGGCUGAGCGUGAGGACAUUUGCCGUCAAAUGCUGCACUUGCUACACAGUAUUCCAUAUGUUCACCUGGAACCAAACGGACUCUACCUGGCGUACAAGGUCCGCGAUGUGGCUGUAACACUACUCAACUGUCCGUUCGAAGCCCAUGAACGGCCUGCCCGUCGUGCGGUGGAGUACAUGCGGGACUUCACUCGCGCAUUAUCACGGCUCGAUCGAAGUGAAAUUGUGAACACAAAUAGUCUUAAAAGCUGGAUCGACAUAGACCGGGAGCCUGCAAUUUGA